AUGAUGGAAGACGUGGCGUCACGUGCAGAUGAAAAGGCCAAACUCCACUCACUUGUCCAGGAAUUGACCUCUGAACUCUCGGCCGACAACGAGGAGAGAGCGGCUCUUCUGCAGCAACUGAGUGACGUCAACAGAGAGUGGGAGGAACUUCAACAACAACUCAGCGAGUGCCAGGAGAAACUAGACUCCGCCCACUCUCAUGCCGCCCCCUACGAGGAUGCCCUAGAGCGGCUGUUUCCAUGGAUACCAGACACCCUGGCUCGACUGGAAGGCCUGGGGGCGUGUCCGACGGAACCCGAGGCUGUGGAACAGAGGAAGAAUAAGAUCGAGGCGAUGAAGGGUGAAUACAAUACUCUGGCCCCGGUCUGUGCCGGUUGCCUCGACAACGCCCGCUCUCUCUCCUCCCUCACCGAUCCCGGUGACCCCAAGACCGCCCUCGACGACCACACCUCCCGUCUCCAUGACGACUGGGAAAGGCUGGGAGCUCUGUUUGGAGAUGUGCUGGCUAAACUGACGGAGGCUUUGGUCCAAACCCAAGAGUUCAAGUCCAUUGCAGACGGUCUGGAGCAGUGGAUGACAGGAAUGGGGGGAACCCUCAAUCAACAAGACCUGAUUGCCGCACGGGUUAAUCUGGUUGAAGGCCAGAUCGAAGGGUUCAAGCCGAUCCUAACAGACGUCGCAGCGUACGGAGAAACAGUGGAGAAGACGAGGGCUCUGGGGAGCUCUCUGAAGGAGGAGAGUGAGGAGGAGGAGAGGGAGAAGAUUGACCGGAGGUUGGAGGCUCUGUCCUGCCAGUUUGCUGAACUCCAGAACGCAGCCGAUGAAAGAAUGAGAGUAGAUAAAGUUGCUAAUCCUCACCCAAUAGCCAUUAACUGCAGCUUUGGAUGUGCCAUAAUACUCAGUAUUGUCCGCACUGUACUACAGGUCUGGAGGAGGCUCUGGAGGGAGCUAGGGAGUACGAGAGGAGGUGUGACUGUGGUAGACCAGUGGCUGGGGCAGGCUGAGUCACGACUGAGGUCUCGAGAUCCUCUCUCCAUCGCCUCCCAGCCUCUCACCAGGCAGGAACUGGAGAUCAGUGAGUUCCAGCAAGAGGUUGAGUCCUAUGGACCAGCAGUCGAGGGGAUGACUCAAUCGGAGGAGACGUUGUUCUCCGCUGCCCUGGCCUCCAUUCUGAGCUGCGAGCCCGGGGUCCUCCGACAGGCGGCGGUCACCAGGAGAUCGUCCACUCCUCGCUCGUCUCUCUCGCCUCUCCCCUACCUCCUCCUUCACUGCUACAUUCAUUGGUGCUAUGAUAAAUGCAAUGGGUUUGCAAUGCAUGUAUCACCUGUGAAACCUGAGCAUCUUUCACUUGAGUCCUUGGGAGUUACAAAGGGAGAGAGGGGGACUGGCUAUACCAGAGAUGAGGUUGUAGAGUCAUCGUCAGACCUUCCCCAGUGGCUUGAGAGGCCCGGAGCCACUGAGGCUGUGGUGGUGGGAGCUGAUAUCAGGGCCCGCUACGCUGCCCUCAAGACUGAGGCCGGAAACAAGGCAGAUGAGGCGGCUCAGCUGCUCCAGACAGUACUGGGCUACGAGGCUGACUGCUGUCAUAUGAAGGAGUGGCUCGGGGGUCAGAGUUCAACCAUAGCCGGAUUCGCACCACCUGGUAUCACCGUGGAAACCAUCAGAGCCCAGCUGACAGAAGUCGAGGAUCUUGAGAGAGGAUUCACUAACACUAGAGAGAGGCUGGAGUCAGUCAAUGCCAGGGGGACGACCCUGGUUGAUGGAUGUCGAGACGAGCUCUCUCGCGAGUCGGGACGGUCGAGUCUGGCAGAGUUGAAUGAGUCGUGGGGGGAGUGUCUCGCUGCUCUGUCAGAGAGAGAGGAGAUGUUGAAGAGAGCUCUGGAGCUGGCUGAGAAAUACCAGGAGGGCUACGGUGAGUUUGACACUUGGCUGAGUGGCUGUGUGGAGAAGGCAGCAGAGGCUCUCAAGGUCGACGGAGAUCCGUCUGAGAUCAACAGACAACUAAACGAACAGCAGGCUCUACUGGAAGAGGUGAAAGGACGUAAGCCCGCACUGACAGCCCUGGUCUCAGGUGGCAGAGCUCUGGAGGAUUACGUAAUGGAGAAUAGAGCUGAGGGAGUGGCUGAUAUUGGCUACACCAAGAUGGAGCAGAGAUACAAUACCCUCCAGUACAAUUCAGAGUAG